AUGGCAAAGUUUUGUCCGGAAAUCAAACUUCCUUACGCCGUUCGCGGUGAGGAGACCGUCAAAGGGGCGAAGCUGACUAAUCAUAUCAUCGGAACACCCGGCAAGCUAAUUGACUGGGGUAUAAAGCGGGCGUUAUGGUCGGUGUUCUUCUUGGCCACGUACGAGCGCGAGGUGAUGGAGUUUGCCGAGUACAUCGUACCCAAUCCGAUCGUCAUUCGGCAGGCGCGGCAGCAAGAAUCACUCGAUAACAUCAAACAGUACUACGUCAAGUUCCGCAACCAGGACGAGAAAUUGUGUGAUUACCGUCGGACAAGCGAUCAUUUUCUGUCAUAUGAUGUACGCAAAACGACCGGUUGGUUGACCGGCAGGAUGUCCCAGGAUGGUCACUGGGUAGCGGUACUGUCCGGUGAUCUAACGGUGGAGCAACGGUUGGAACGAACGUUUUGUCCAGGGAAAACAAAGAAGGAAAUCUUUGAACCGACCAGAGCACUGAUUGCGAAAGUGUACGGUUUGCUACCCUACAACAGUGACGAGCGGAAGCUGGAGGUGCAAAUCAAGGAACGGCUGGCUCUGACAAACAAAUCUGGAAAAUCGGCAUGGCCACUCUAG